CAGGAGCUAGGUACUCAGUUCGAACCACUUCCGCGUUUGCGACCUCUAGUCCAGAUCUUUGAGGUUGCACUCUGCAUGCAGAGUUUUGAGGAUUGUUGAAAGGAAGACUUCUUAGGUUUUGUAUUCUGUUUUUCGUCCCGAAAUGGCGGAAAAUGUCAGCACACACCCGUACCUCCCACAGGGUCUGAAGCUCCCGUGCCGAUAUGUGGAGAAUGACAAGUCUAUCCAGGAGCUUCUGGGCGUUUUCUUCGGGCUCACAGCUUUGGUGAUGGUGAGCACCUGGAUCUACUCGGGCAGCAGUGCAAAAGUGAAGCUGUCCACGGGACAGCGCCUGACGGUCUGCUGGUUCGUGCUAUGCGGAUGCAUCCACUUGAUCCUGGAGGGGUGGUUCAGCGUGUUCCACAACAGCAUAGCUGGGGACCAGUCCUUCCUCUCACAGUUAUGGAAGGAGUACAGCAAGGCAGACAGUCGUUAUGUCUCUGCGGACAACUUCACGGUUGUGAUGGAGAGCAUCACAGCGUUCCUGGAGGGACCGGGGUCCUUCCUGGCAGCCUGGGCCAUCCUGGAGAACAAGCCGUCCCGCUACCUCCUCCAACUCCUGGUGUCUACGGGCCAGCUCUACGGGGAUAUCCUGUACUACACUAUAGAGUACAAGGAUGGCUUCAUACACGGCCCCAUGUGGCACCCUCUGUACUUCUGGUUCUACUUCAUGUUCCUGAACAGCUUCUGGAUUGUUAUUCCCUUCUGUCUGCUGGUUCAGUCCUGCGGGAAAGUUAGCCAGGCUCAGUCGGCUUUAGACAAAACUGGUGCUGGGAAGAAACGAAAGUAAUUUUGUGAGACACAGCAUGGUCACAUGUGUGGUGGCAGGCCAUUGUAUGAGUUUGAUGUCAUACAAUUUCAAAUUUUAAAACAUUCUGUGACAUCUAAGGAUCGAAGGAACGAACCAACUGCUGACAUUUAAGGAUAACACUCUUUGAUAAAAGACAGCUCAAUUUGUAUGACACAUUCACUUAAUCUCAGUUGCAAGAACCUGUUCAAUUUGGUGGUACAGCAACUAUGACAUGUGACCAGGGCCUAACAUAAAAUAAGGUGAUAGAAAGCUAGCCUAAAGGAGUGCAAUUUUACAUUUUUACUGAAUGUGUAUCUAUUGCAGAAGAAAUUUUACUUCAUGAUUAAAAGUCAUGUUUCCAAGAUGUAACUUUUACAGAUAAUCAUUGUAAUCAAUGAUGGUGUUGAUGCAUUAACAAUGCACCAAGAAAAUUGGAAGGGGUAUUUUAUGGCUUACAAAGGACUCUAUUAUUGUUCAUAGUGAAGUGAAGGCCAACUGUAAUAUUAUGGUAGUGAUUUUAUACUAUCAUUUCAAAACUGAGAUUGUUGAUACCGUAGAUCAAUGAGUAGGAAAUUUUACAUGAAGACUUGAUAAUUUUGAUGCCAUUCCAUUAUUGGGUGCUCCUCACCUAAGAAAUUACUAUCUAGUCUGUAUAUCAGUAUCACAAUCUUUCACAAAUGAUGAAGAAUGUAUUCCUUUACUGCAUUUUUGGCAAUGCCUCGGGGGCGAGCCAAAUGGUGUAUUAUUCAAUAUUGAUGUCACUAUUGUACCUACCUCAUAUUGUAGUAUGAGUGCAAUCGUGACGAGAAAGUAUGGGAUAUCAUCCGAAUAAAUGAUUGGAUUAGCGAA